AUACAUCCAUUCGUCAGUUUUCGGGCGAAGAGGGCAGCGCAGUUUGGUAUUUUAUUGAACGGGCUGCCAAAAAGUGAAAACUGUAAAAUGGCAAAAACCCUCUCAGCUACACAGGCUAACAAGGAGCAUGUCCUUGCAGUGUCUAGGGACUUCAUAUCCCAGCCCCGUCUGACCUACAAGACGGUGUCGGGUGUGAACGGGCCGCUGGUCAUCCUCGAUGAGGUGAAGUUCCCCAAGUUCUCAGAGAUCGUCCAGCUGAGGCUUGCCGAUGGAACCCUCCGAUCGGGUCAGGUGCUGGAAGUCAGCGGUUCCAAGGCCGUCGUCCAGGUGUUCGAGGGCACGUCGGGCAUCGACGCCAAAAACACCCUCUGCGAGUUCACCGGAGACAUCCUGCGCACACCUGUCUCUGAGGACAUGUUGGGUCGUGUAUUCAACGGCUCCGGCAAGCCCAUCGACAAAGGCCCCCCGAUCCUGGCCGAAGACUACCUGGACAUUCAGGGUCAGCCCAUCAACCCCUGGUCCCGUAUCUACCCCGAGGAGAUGAUCCAGACUGGUAUCUCCGCUAUCGACGUGAUGAACUCCAUCGCCCGUGGGCAGAAGAUUCCCAUCUUCUCCGCCGCCGGUCUUCCGCACAACGAAAUCGCCGCCCAAAUCUGUAGACAGGCCGGUCUUGUCAAGGUCCCCGGUAAAUCAGUGCUCGACGACCACGAAGACAACUUCGCCAUCGUGUUUGCCGCUAUGGGUGUCAACAUGGAAACCGCCCGGUUCUUCAAGCAGGACUUCGAAGAGAACGGCUCUAUGGAGAACGUGUGUCUGUUCUUGAACUUGGCCAACGAUCCCACUAUUGAGAGAAUCAUCACGCCCCGUCUGGCUCUGACCGCUGCCGAGUUCUUGGCUUACCAGUGCGAGAAACACGUGCUGGUAAUCUUGACGGACAUGUCGUCGUACGCCGAGGCGCUGCGUGAGGUGUCGGCCGCUCGUGAGGAGGUGCCCGGGCGACGUGGUUUCCCAGGUUACAUGUACACGGAUUUGGCCACAAUCUACGAGCGCGCCGGGCGUGUGGAGGGCCGUAACGGCUCCAUCACUCAGAUCCCCAUCCUGACCAUGCCUAACGACGAUAUUACCCACCCUAUUCCCGAUUUGACCGGCUACAUCACUGAGGGACAGAUCUACGUGGACCGUCAGCUGCACAACCGUCAAAUCUACCCACCAGUCAACGUGCUGCCGUCUCUCUCGCGUCUCAUGAAGUCCGCCAUCGGGGAGGGUAUGACCCGCAAGGACCACUCCGACGUCUCCAACCAGCUGUACGCGUGCUACGCUAUCGGCAAGGACGUGCAAGCCAUGAAGGCCGUCGUGGGUGAAGAAGCCCUGACGCCCGAUGACUUGCUGUACCUGGAGUUCCUCACCAAGUUCGAGAAGAACUUCAUCACGCAGGGUAACUACGAGAACCGCACAGUCUUCGAGUCGCUCGACAUCGGCUGGCAACUGCUCCGUAUCUUCCCCAAGGAGAUGCUCAAGCGUAUCCCCGCAUCCAUCCUCGCCGAGUUCUAUCCCCGAGACUCGCGCCACUAAACCACCACGCGGCCCAUGCCUUCUCAAACUUUUGGCGAGCCCCACCAUCGACCCUUGGGGUAGGCCAAACUUGUCAAGUAGCCCCAGUAUCAACCCUUGGGGCAGGCCACACUUGUUAAGUGGCCCCACUAUCAACCCUUGGGGCAGGCCAAACUUGUCAACUGGCCCCACUAUCAACCCUUGGGGCAGGCCAAACUUGUCAAGUGGCCCCACUAUCAACCCUUGGGGCAGACCACACUUGUCAAGUGGCCCCACUAUCAACCCUUGGGCAGGCCACACUUGUUAAGUGGCCCCACUAUCAAUCCUUGGGGCAGGCCAAACUUAUCAAGUAGCCCCAGUAUCAACCCUUGGGGCAGACCAAACUUGUCAAGUGGCCCCACUAUCAACCCUUGGGGCAGGCCAAGGUUUAGCCCCAAGACUAUUGCCCUUUUGGCAGGAGCGUAGCUGCUGUAAUUUUUCUGUAAGUUGUCCCACUACCAACUUGGCAGCUGUAUCAAUGAUACGUGUGUAAGAAAAAUAAAUGUCAAAUUUUGAUUCAGACACGCUACAUUCCUGCCUUUGGGGUAUCGGUCAUACACAUGAGGGCCUUUGUUUGUAGUUUUAUGGGACUGUAAGACAAUAUUUACCAGCUAAGAGUCCCUUAAACAAACAGAUGGCCCUACUGGUGUAUUAGUUGGCGUCAUCGAAAUGUAAUCAUGUGUAACUUAUUCGUACUCUAGCAGUAUUUGUGUUUGACAAGUUUUAGUAAUGAUUUUGAUAUGCAUUCUCAAUUUUAUUUGUUUUUGCAUAUCAGAGUUAAGACUCGUAUGAAUAUGUUACAGAAUUGAUUUCGUAGUGUCAUAUCUAGCUCACUUUAGAAGCUGCAAAAAGUUUGAGAUGUGCUGUUUACUAUUCCGCGGUACCUUGUAAGAUAAAAUAUUGUUUAUUAUAAUAGUAAGUUGUUAAUAGUUAAUGUGUAUUUACUGUAUUACGAUCAAUUUACAAAAAAAUAAAACUAAAUCGUGUCUCUAAAGUUUUCUGUGUAAGUUAACGUCUCGUGUAUAUAAUUUCCCAUAGUGUGAUAUGCCGAAAUGAUAAAUUAUUGAGAUAUUAUAUUUUUGAAUAGAUGCAGUUUUCUUUUUUGGUGCUUUGGACUCGUUGAAAAUUUAUACAAUUAUAUUUGCAAUAUAUUAUAUUAUUUUGUGCACAAAAUGUUGUGAUGUGUUCAAAUCUGUGUAAUCGAAAAUUUAAGAGUUUAAUGUGAUAUUACUCGCUUGAAGUAGAGCAGUUGAAAGAUGAAUAUCUAUGUAAAUAUAAUGGAUAUUUCAGCCAGUAAGUAACGCCCGUUACAUUCCAAAAUUACUGUUACCCACGUUCGCUCCAAAGCUAGACUUCUAAUUCUGACUAAAAUGAAUUAGGAAUCUGUUGUUUUCGAUGGAAAUAAAGUAUAGAAAGUUAA